AUGAUACUGCGAAUGGCGUUCAAGCUGGUCGCUCUUUAUUGCCUUCUCUUUCUGCUGCCGUUGAUCGCCGCAGCAGUAGACCCGCCACCCCCGGUGGCCCUGCCCAACUGCACCGCCACAUGUGGCAACUUGACGGUACCAUACCCGUUCGGGAUCGGGUCCGGCUGCUUCCUGGAUGAACACUAUGAAAUCGAGUGCCACCCUGGCGGCAACAGCACCCCUGUUGCCACGCUGAAGAACCUCAUGAAUGUGACAGUGCUCAACAUUUCCCUACCGGAGAACUACGGAGGCUUCGACGGAUUCAUUGAGGUCUUUCAGCCAGUCUUCUACUCUGAGCCGAACCUGCCAAACUGCACGGGCAGAGCAGUGAGCGGCAACACCUCGACGUCGUUGAACUUGAACGGGAGUUCCUUCAUGUAUUCGCACACAAAGAACGUGUUCGUAUCUGGAGGGUGCAACAACCUGGCGUAUUAUGGUCAGCCCCAGCAUGAUGUCAGCAGUCGUUGGCUGCAGGUCGACAUGCGACGGGACUGCCAGCCAGACUGCCAGCCAGGACGACUGCUGGAAUGGGAUUGGUUGCUGCAUGAACACGAUCCCCUUCGGGCUACAGGCGUAUUCGGUGGAUUUCAAGACAGAGAAUGGUUCAUCGAUGGGCACCGAUGGAUCGUGCAGUGGAUCACGUCGGGGUACGACUUCCCUAGCAACAUGACCGAUACACGAACCUUACCGUCGCAUGUGCCCGUGACUCUUGAAUGGGGUAUCUCCGAUGAAGUGUUCGUACACAUGCCGAUUUCAAAUGAUCUUUACCUAUACAAUCUUACGACCAGCUACUGGUGCGACCACCGCGACUACUUUACUACGGUUCUGAUAACCCCAGACUUUACGUGCAAUGUCGUUGCAGAUAUAAAUGAGUGCUUAAACCCAAAUGCCACUUACUGCCCGGGGAAGUGUGUGAACCGACCUGGUUCAUAUGACUGUGUAGACAACAACAAUAACGUGGCCAUAAUAGGUGUGGGCAGUGGUUUUGGAGCCGUAUUCUUUCUGGGAUUAUCGUGGUGGUUCUACAAAUUCAUAAAGAGGCGGCAUGAAAUCAAGCUUAAAGAGAAGUUCUUCAAACGAAAUGGCGGUUUUUUGUUACAACAGCUAUCUUAUGACGAGGGCAGUCAUAUGGAAAAAAGCAAAUUGUUCACUUCGAAAGAGUUAGAGAAAGCUACGGAUCAUUUCAAUGACAACAGGAUACUCGGUCAAGGUGGUCAAGGAACUGUCUACAAGGGAAUGUUAACAGAUGGAAGGAUUGUUGCAGUCAAAAGGUCGAGAAUUGUAGAUGAAGGACAAGUUGAACAAUUUAUCAAUGAAGUUAUGAUUCUCUCACAAAUUAAUCAUCGUAACAUCGUCAAAUUGUUGGGGUGUUGUUUGGAGAUGGAGGUUCCACUUUUGGUGUAUGAAUUUAUUUCAAAUGGAACUCUUUAGCAUUUGCAUAAUCCAAUCGAAGAAUUUCCAAUGUCAUGGGGAAUGAGAAUGAGGAUUGCCACCGAGGUUGCCGGAGCUCUUUCCUAUUUGCACUUCACCGCGGCCAUACCCAUUUACCAUCGAGAUGUGAAGUCUUCAAAUAUCCUCUUGGAUGACCAGUACCGGGCCAAAGUAGCAGAUUUUGGAACUUCGAGAUCGAUUGCCAUCGAUCAAACUCACUUGACCACAAUGGUCAAAGGAACAAUUGGGUACUUAGACCCUGAGUAUUUCCAAACAUGCCAAUUCACAGACAAGAGCGAUGUCUAUAGUUUUGGGGUAGUCCUAGUUGAGCUAUUAACGGGGCAAAAGCCAAUCUCUGCAAUGAGGGCGGAAGAUGGCAGAAGUUUAGCGGUGUAUUUUAUCGAGUCAAUGGAGGAAAACCACCUUCUUGACAUCGUUGAUGCUGGACUGAUAAAGCAAAGUCAAGAAGAAGAGAUUCUGGGAGUUGCAAAUUUGGCAAAGAGAUGCUUGAACUCGAAUGGAAGGAAUCGACCUACCAUGAAAGAGGUGGCAAUGGAGUUGGAGCGAAUAAGAGCACAACAUGUCAAUCCUUCCACUCUUGAGCAAAAUCAUCAUCCAAUUGACCACGUAAGGACUCGAUCAAUUCGAGCUUGGCAUGAUUUCUCUAUGCCAGUGAGGUCCGAAACUCAGACAACUUCAUCCGAGUUCCAACUGCUCAUGCACAGUUUAGAACGAUAAAGAUACACGAUCUCAAUUACCUGUUAUUUUACAUAUGUUUGGCAUGCACGCAAACUAUCAUCUACCAAAAAGUAUUAUCUUACUAUUAUCCAUUCAGAUGAUUAGUUAGGCAAUCUAGUCUUCUACAGACAAGAUAUUUCGUGUAUUUGUGCAAUGUAAGGAUUUGGGAACACUUUAGUUGCAUUACAGGACGAUUC